AGCCAUUUAACUUUGUGUAUAUAAGAAAGAGAAGAAGCAGAGCUCAAAAUCCAAUAUGCACAGAAGAACCAAAUUCUCCUUCUUUUCAUCACCAUCGUUAAUUUUGUUGUUGCUCGUCGUCAUCUUUGUUAUCGAAAUGGCCGAGUCUGUUCCAUCAACGGCUGAUUCAUCAAAAUCGGUUCAGAUUGUCUACACUGAGAAACCUCAGGAUGAGGAGCCUGAGGCUUACCAUAUCCGAACCCUCGCCUCUGUUCUUGGCAGCGAGGAUGCUGCAAAGGAGGCAUUGAUUUAUAGUUACAAGACAGCUGCAAGUGGAUUCUCUGCCAAGCUGACACCAGAACAAGUUGAACAAAUCUCAAAACUACCAGGUGUUCUUCAGGUUGUCCCCAGCAAGACACUUCAGCUGCAUACAGGACCUGGGAUUGGGAGGCUGCAUUAAGUAUUUGGAACUAUGUAUCUGACAAAUAAAUAGCUAUCGAAGCCCUUCCCAACUCCUCUCAUGUGUAUAAACAAGUUUAUCCUGUGUCCUGCACUCCUGUGCACUGUGUUUGUACCGCAAACAUUUAGCAUAUAUAUAAAGUUCUGGAUCUAAA